AUGCAAACGAAUUCAACUACACAUGAAAUUAUCAAAGAUCAAAUCUUCGAAGUUGGCCCACGCUACACGGAUUUGAAAUAUAUUGGCGAAGGUGCUUAUGGAAUGGUCGUAUCGGCUUACGAUAAGCAAACAUGCAAACGAAUUGCAAUCAAGAAAAUCUCGCCGUUCGAACAUCAAUGUUUUUGUCAACGAACAUUACGUGAAAUAAAGAUCUUAGCAAGAUUCAAACAUGAAAAUAUCAUCAACAUGCAAGGCAUUCUUCAUGCGAAUGUUUUCGAACAGAUGAAAGAUAUUUAUAUUGUACAACAAUUAAUGGAUUGUGAUAUGUACAAAUUAAUCAAAUAUCAACGAUUGAGUGCGGAACAUGUUUGCUAUCUAACAUAUCAGAUCUUACGCGGGUUGAAAUACAUCCAUUCCGCGAAUGUACUUCAUCGUGAUCUUAAACCAUCAAAUUUAUUAUUAAACACGAAAUGUGAUUUGAAAAUAUGCGAUUUCGGUUUGGCGAGAAUCGCUGAUCCGUCGUUUGAUCAUAAUGGUGUCCUGACAGAAUAUGUUGCCACUAGAUGGUAUCGAGCACCUGAAAUCAUGCUGAAUGCUCGUGGCUAUAAUAAAUCGAUUGAUAUCUGGUCCGUUGGUUGUAUAUUAGCUGAAAUGCUCGAUGGUAAACCAUUAUUUCCUGGUAAACAUUAUAUUGAUCAAUUGAAUUUAAUUCUAAAUGUUGUUGGUUCACCUGAUGAACACGAUUUAGCAUCGAUUGGUAAUGAAAAAGCUCGUAAUUAUAUUGCUUGUUUAAAGCCGCGUACAAAGCAAUCGCUUACUCGACUCUAUCCACAUUCGGAGAAGAACGCUUUAGAUCUACUCGAACGUUUGUUAACAUUCAACCCACAUAAACGCAUUUCUGUUGACGAGGCUCUUGCUCAUCCGUACUUACAAGAACAUCACGAUCCAAACGAUGAACCUGUUGUCGCACAUCCAUUCACAUUCGAAAUGGAAAUGGAUGAUUAUCCAAUAGGUGAAUUGAAGAAGUUAAUAUGGGAGGAAAGUCAGUUGAUUCGAAAGCAUAUUGCUUCACAACAGAUGCCCCUUACGUCUUAA